UGCUCUUCUUCUUCUUUCUUCCCGCUGCAGCCACUCGAAAGAAAAAAAAAGAGGAACCCAGCCAUGCCUUGAAAAAUUGGUGAGAAAGCUUGGAAUUUCUCCUUCUUUCUUGUCCAAGAACCUGAUUUGGAACCCAGAAAUUUUCCCCCCUACUGGAAAAGCCGGAUCUGCCCUGCUCUGCUUUGUCCUUUCGCAGGCUGCUCUUGAUUGUGGGUGAUUUCUGAGCAUUUUUUUCGAUCCGUGAGGUUCUUCCUUGCACUUGCUGCCGGCUUCUCCCCCCUGCCAAGUCCGGUUCUGCAACUGGAAAAUUUAUGGUAGGUUGGCUUCUCUAAUUCUCGAAAAUUGGUUGAUUAGUGGUUGCUUUGUGAUGUCUGAAUUUGGCUAGAAAAUGGGGAUGAAAUUGAUAGUAAUUAGACCAUGAUUUAGCUUGAUUCAAGUGGAAUUUAUAUGAUUGAUUGUUAAUGGACUGCUAUGUGAUUUUUGGAGGAAAAUCCGGUGAGAUUAGUUAGUGUUUUGGCCAAUUUGUGGGAGUGGAGUUACUGUUCACGUCGGGGUACUGUUCACCGACACUGUUCACACCCCGAGGGCCAACAUUUAACGGGAAUUUAAAUGAUUAGUUUGUGACAUGAGAACGAUUUUGGAGAUAUUUGAUCAUUUGUGAAAGUAAUCUUGCCCGUUAUGUCCUGAAGACCUUGUUUUGAAACUUGGUCAUUUCUGAUAGUCUGCACUUGUUUAGACUUGUUGCGUGAAUAGAAUUUUGUAUGCUCUUUUGCCACAAUUGUGAAAUCUGGGGAGUUGCAGAGACUUUUGUUAUUGAUCCUGUUAGUCUCUACAGCAUAGCUGGUGGAGAAUUUGUUUUGUUUGUCACAUGACCAGUGGAGGAUGGGAUGACUUGAUUGUAAACCUGCUUAGCCUCCAUGAGCUACGAGGUAAAGGGGUAGUCCUUGAAAUACUUGAUGCCCUAGAGUUUUGUUCCAAGAGAAAUGGUUCUUUGUCUGGCUGCCUUGAUUUUUGUUUGCCCUUUUAAUUAGAAGACAGUAAUCUUCUCAGCAUCUUGAUCCCAACCAUAGCUUGUUCUGUUAAUUAAUUCUAGUACUUGAGGUACUAGAUCUUGGCAUCUUGGUUAUAUCUGCUCUUGAAUCAGUGUUCUGAUUGUCAUUAUUGGAAUCUCUUGUGGGCCUAAUUUUUGAAAUUCUAUUGCUUGUUUCAUGGUUAACUCUUGUCUCUCAAUUUUGACUGCUUGGUUAAAUUUGAUCUUAAUUCUUGGUGAAUGCCGUUUUGUUGUUGAAUUUGUGAGGCAUUCUACCUUGCACUCUUGUGUUCCAGUAUUCUUCCAAGCAUUCAUAUUUUCCAUUGAUUUUAUUCUGUUGCAGUUCUUGAGAUUCUUACAUGUCUUUUGAUGGUCCUAGCUUUUAACUCUUGUUAAUUGCUAAAAUCUGCCUCUUGAUUCCAGUUGCUUUGUUAAACAUGAUCUUACUUAUUGCGGAAGCAUAGUAAGCCAUGUCUGUUCAUAGAAAGUUAGUGGGGCAUUUGCCUUGGAUUGUGUGAAGCCAUUCACCUCUUGAUAUGGUCCUCAAUUUGAGUUUUGGGGACAAAACUCCUUUUUAGGAGGGGUGAGUGUAAUAUCCCAAAUUUCGGGAAUAUUUAAGUGUAAGUUAAGGACUUGAUUGUGAGAAAAGAUUGUUUUGGGGCCUAAUGUGAAUAUUUCAAAAGUUGAGGGACUUAAAGAGGGAAAGAUUUUGGAUAAGGAUGACUUCUUUUCUUUUUCUUUUUCUUUCUUUCUUUUCUUCCCAGCCUUACCCGAUUCUGCUCUUCUUCUCCUUUCUUCCCGCUGCAGCCACUCGAAAGUAAAAAAAAGAGGAACCCAGCCAUGCCUUGAAAAAUUGGUGAGAAAGCUUGGAAUUUCUCCUUCUUUCUUGUCCAAGAACCUGAUUUGGAACCCAGAAAAUUUCCCCCCCUGCUGGAAAAGCCGGAUCUGCCCUGCUCUGCCCUGCUCUGCUUUGUCCUUCCGUCAGCUACUCUUGAUUGUGGGUGAUUUCUGGGCUUUUUUUUGGGGCCAACAUUUAACGGGAAUUUAAAUGAUUAGUUUGUGACAUGAGAACGAUUUUGGAGAUAUUUGAUCAUGUGGAGAUUUAUGGAAAUAGCAUUGUGAUUAGGAAUGAUCCUAAUGAAGUGUUCAGUGUGAAUUUGUGAUAGUCCGGUAUUAAUUCUGGAAUAUUUUGAUUAGGUUCCUGAUCGUUCUGUCAGUUUAGUACGUGACUUGAGUGCUCGGUUUUGCAAGUGAGGUAAGUAAAUUUAUGGUAAUGCCCGUACUGUUUUAAAAGCAUGUUUUGAUUUGUUUUUGAAGUGGUGGCGGGACUAAACCCGUUUUACACAAGUAUGACUGAUUUGAAGUGAAAUGUUUUGUGCUUUUCAUGAAAUUGAACAUGCCUACUUGAAAUUUGAGUGACUGUCCUGAUGAUCUGAAAGUGAUUGUGAAUCGUGAUUUUCUUGUUAAUUUCUGCCUGUUUUGUCUCCGAUGUGGUCAUGUUAUUCGUGACCCUGCUAGUGGGGGAGCUAGUGGGGGUUAUACACCAGCAAAUCGUGGCCCUGCUAGUGGGGAUUAUACACUGGCCAUGACCUAUAGAGGAGACGUCUAUUUCGUGCCCAUACUGUAUCUGUUUUCGUGAUUGUACUUGUUGGCAUGCUUUAAGUUUGAUAAAGGGGCACUCCAUAUUUACUUACUGAGUUUAUCUCAUAGUUUUUCCUUGUCCACCAUUUCAGGAAGUGAAACCGAGGACGGGAAAACCACGGGAAGUGACGAGUUAGAAGGCUAGCCAUACUGUAAUUGGAUAUAGAUUUUCAAAAUAAAUCAUGAUAUUGUAA